AUGCUUUGUGUUGAGCUUGUGUGGGCGUUUAUUACAGGGUGGCAGGUGAUGCUGGUUGGGGUGGGUUUGGCGCCGGUGUUUGCGGCUUGUAUGGCUGUUCAGUCGUGCCUUGUUGCAAAGUGUGAGAUGCGCAAUAAGAGGGCUAGGGAAGAGGUUGCAAAGGGGUAUUACGAGACGCUUUCAAACAUGCAUGGAAUUCGUUGCAUGGCCUUCGAAGGCAUCUUCUGCUCCCACUUCAACUUUGCUACUGAUAAAGUGCUCACCACUGGCGUUCGCGGUGCCUUUGUCAAAGAGUGUACCCAUGGCCUCGCCAGCGCACUCAUCUACCUGGCUGAAGCCCUCUUGUUCUACAUCGGCGCCAUCCUCAUCACCUGUGGGACUUACACCUACCUCCAAAUGGUUGAAGUCCUCAACCUUGUUGUAUUCUCUGUGACGAUUGGCUCCCAACUCAUGGCCUUCACUGAGAAGAUCGCAAGGUCUGGACAAGCUGCUAACGACUUCAACCAACUUCUCCAGCUCAACACCACAUCCACUGACGAAACCAAGGGCGUUGUCCACCCAGAACUCGCAGGCGGAAUCGAUCUCAACAACAUCCAUUUCUUCUAUCCCGGGCGACCAGAGGUUCCCGUUCUCAGGAACGUCAACCUCUCCAUCGACGACGGCGAGUGCAUCACAAUCAUUGGUCCCUCCGGUUCUGGCAAGUCCACGCUUGCCACCCUCCUCCAACGUCUGUACGAACCCACCAAUGGCACCAUCACCAUCGGCUUAAACAGACUCUGCGAUAUCGAGAUCAACCACCUCCACGAUCACGUCUCUGUGGUAUCUCAACACCCUAAUCUCUUCGACGCCACCAUCGCAGAGAACAUCCGCUACGGAAAUCAAGCAAUUUCAGACUACGACAUCCACCAUGCUGCAAAGGCUGUGCAGGUCCAUGACUUUAUAUUGUCCUUGCCCCAGGGAUGUCAUAUCCCGUUGAUCGCUCGUGCCCUCACUAGGCCCUCUCGGAUCCUGAUCCUUGACGAAUGUACGUCAUCUCUGGAUGGAGAGAACCAGGCCAAGGUUCUUGAUACGAUACAGGCGGCCAAGCUGGGUCGGACUACCAUGAUGGUCAUGCACAAGCUUGAGGUGAUGAUGAUGUGCAAUCGGAUUGUGGUUGUUGAUGGUGGGGAGGUGAGGAAGCAAGGGACAUAUGAUGAGCUCAUGUAG